AUGAGUGUAGAUCUCUCGUCUUCGCUUGUUGGCGACCCUGCCAAGUUUCAUAAACCUGGUGAAAAUUAUAAAACCGAUGGUUAUAUUGUGACUAACCGCACGCAUUUUUUACUGAAGGAGCAUUUGGCCAAAACACAUGGUCGUGUUAUAACACGUUUUCCUCCGGAGCCUAACGGGAUCCUUCACAUCGGCCACGCCAAAGCGAUUAAUUUUAAUUUUGGAUAUGCAAAAAAAACUGGCGGGUUUUGCUACUUGAGGUAUGAUGAUACCAACCCUGAAAACGAGGAGGCUCGUUUUUUUGACGCCAUUCUGGAGAUGGUCCGUUGGUUAGGAUUCGAACCCUACAAGAUUACCUACGCGUCCGACAACUUUCAGCAACUUUUUGAAUGGGCAUUGAAAUUGAUCGAUUUGGACCUAUGUUACGUUUGUCACCAGCGUCCGGAAGAGUUGAGGGGCUUUGAUCCUCCACCAUCCCCUUGGCGCAAUCGACCCAUCGAGGAGUCAAGGAGAUUAUUUAUGGACAUGAAAAGUGGAAAGUUGGAAGAAGGGGCGGCCACUCUCAGAAUGAAGUUAACGCUGGAGGAUGGCAAACAAGAUCCGGUAGCUUAUCGUAUAAAAAUGCGUCCUCAUCAUCAAACAAAAAAUGAAUGGUGCAUUUAUCCUACGUACGACUACACUCACUGUCUCUGUGAUUCGAUUGAAAAUAUCACACAUUCUCUGUGUACUAAGGAGUUCCAGUCUCGGCGUUCCUCCUACUACUGGUUGUGCAAUGCUUUGGAUAUCUACUGUCCCGUACAAUGGGAGUAUGGUAGAUUGAACUUCAACUACACAGUGGUUUCAAAAAGAAAGAUUCUUAAGUUGGUCUCUGCGGGCGUGGUGGCAGACUGGGAUGACCCACGCUUAUUCACGCUCACCGCGCUGCGACGCCGCGGUUUUCCUCCUGAGGCUAUAAACCGCUUCUGUGAGGUCAUCGGUAUUACUAUGAGCCAGACCGUAUUGGAUCCGUCCGCCCUUGAGGCCUGCGUUCGCGACUACCUCAAUAAACACGCUCCCCGUCGAAUGUGCGUGGAAGAACCGCUCAAACUGGUAAUUACCAACUGGAAAGAACUCUAUGGUGACAAAAUAAAAAUUGAGGUGAUCGCGCCUGACUUUCCUGCGGAGGAGAACAGCGCCACGCGUAAGAUGGUCCUUGCGCCUGAAUUGUUCAUUGAAAAGUCUGAUUUCAUGCUUGACACGAAACCUGGUUUUCGUCGUCUGACACCCACCCAAGCGGUUGGCAUCCGUUAUGCUGGUCUUGUUCUCUCCUUUAAGGAGAUCCACAGGGAUGCUAAUGACAAAAUAUUGAGCAUUUCUGUCAUCGCGACUCCGGUUUCUACGGAAAACAAACCGAAGGCAUUUAUUCAUUGGGUUUCGAGUCCGCUAGAAUGUGAACUUCGUCUCUACAAUCAAUUAUUCAAGGAAAAGAACCCUGAGGAUUGUCCCGGAGGAUUCAUGGCUGCCGUCAACCCGAAAUCGUUGACCGUGGCCUCCGAUGCAUUGGUUGAGCAGUCAGUGAGGGGUGCCAAGGUGUAUGACCGUUUCCAGUUCGAACGCAUUGGCUUUUUUACAGUCGACCAGGACAGUGGACCUCACAGGCUGGUUUUCAACCGCACGGUGACCCUAAAGGAGGAUCCAGGAAAAUCGGUCUAUCAGGAGAAAAAUUGA